AUAAACGCGACCGAAAAGUUAUAUAAGCGAAAGAAAGAGCGAGAGAGAGAGAGUGAGAGCGAAAGGAUAAUAACAUCGAGUUGAUCGAUAAAAGUUGCUGGUCUUUUUUUUUUAAUUGGUAUUUUUUGACGUGUACCUUGCAAAAUGCAGUUCGCUUUUCGGCGCGCGCUUUUGAUCUGCGCGUGCUUGGCCUUUGCCGCCGCCGAGCAGCAGCCGCAGCAGCAGCAGCAGCAAAAACAAGUGCAGCCAAAUGCGACGCCCGCCAAGCCAAAACGCGACGCUGGCCUAAGCUUUGGCAGCGGCAUCUAUCACGGACCCUCACACAAAUACCUGCCGCCCGCCGCGGGCGGCUAUGAGAGCACCUACGCGACACUGCACGGCAAUGGCCUGGCCUCCAGCAGCGGCUUCGACUUUGCCAGCCUUGACACGGACAACAGCCAGCAGCAGCAAUAUCAUCAUCAUCAUCAUCAUUAUAGCCAACAGCCGCACACAUAUCAGUCGCUGGGCUCACACCAUGGACACGGACGACCCGUCUACAUCAGCUCGUCCAGCGCGGGCGGCUAUCAUCAUCGGCCGCAGGCGCCCAAGGUGGAGACGUACAUUGUGCAGACCAGCAGCAACGGCGGCGGACAUGGACAUGGACCUGGCCAUGGGCCUGGUCGUGGACAGCAGGGUCAUGGCUUGGGCGGCGGCUACAGAUACGCUGGACAUGGCGGUGGCUAUCUGAGCCUGCUUGGCGGCGCACACAAGCAGCACGGCAGCGGCGGCGGCGGCGGCAGCAGCACCUACUUGCUGGCCACGCCCUCCUACAGCAGCAGCAGUAGUCAUGGAUCUGGAGCGGGCUACUCGCUUGGUCUUGGACACGGCCAUGGCCUGGGCAGACAGCACUUUGCGUCCGGCCUCGAGCAGCAGGAGCACUAUGAGGGGCCCAGCUCCAUACACUACAAACAGCAGCAGCCGCUGAGCAGCUAUGGUGUGCCCCUCCAGCCUGGCUACGAGCACAGCAGCCAGCACGAAUCGGCCGAGGAGGAGCUGAAUCAGCAACAGCUGCCGGCAGAGCAUGGCGUCGCGCACAAAACGCAACAGGAUCAACAGACGCCCGCCUAUGCGCUGGGCCACAAGGGACUCGGCCACUUUAGCUAUACGUCCAGCAAGCCGCUGGCCCUCAACACGGACAUCCAUCCGGCUGGCGGGCAUCAGGAGCACAACGAACUGUUCGCCGAGCUGUCCAAGACGCCGUUCAUGCCGAGCGCCUUUCUGGGCGCCAAGCCCGAGCCGAACGUUGGCUAUGAUUUUGCCACGCCCAAUGCACAAACGACGGGCUAUGAUUAUUCGGCGCCGGCGGUGCUUUAUGGUGCGCCCGGUCAGUCUGGUGACUCGGCCACGCCCAUUUUUGAACCAGAAUCCACAUACCUGCCGCCGGUGAGCAGCUACGGAGCCGCAGCCACGCCCACGCACGGCUAUCACUAAAUUAUUGCAUAGUUCAUAAACUUUUUUUUUUCAUAUAUAUUGUAUACUCAUCUAGUUUUUUAAGAUUUUCGCCUCGGAGCGUUCUGCGCGUUCCAAACCAAUAAAGC